GAUUUAACUAAAGGAAAAGAUACCAAAGGAUUAUCAAUUUUAAGUCUGAAUGUAAAUAGUCUGUUAGGUCAUUUAGGACAAUUGGUAGAAUUAAUAAGUAAUAUAAAACCAUUUAUUAUCAUUAUGGUAGAAACGUGGUUAAAACCUGACAUUGAUAAUAGUAUUUUUGAAAUUGAUGGGUAUAGAAUUUUUAGAAGAGAUCGUAAUUUGGUGCAUGCAGAAUCAGGUCGUUUCAUGCAAGGGGGUGGCGUGGCUUGCUUUAUUCAUAAUUCGUUGAAGGUUAAAGUCCUGCACACUUCCACUGCAGAAGACAUAAAUUCACCUGAGUUUAUGAUUUUAGAUAUCACAAUGACAACUGGUUCUCACCUUUUGCUCUCGUGCGUCUAUCGCAGACCUAAUGGACAUACUCUCUGUAACUAUAUAAACUUCAAAACAUUCAUUUACGAGUCCUCACUAUUCUGUGUCCCUUUUGAAACUACCCAUCAUACUAGAAAUCACGACUCAUGGCUAGAUUCAGAUGCACCAUUUAUUGCAGGUCAUGACUAUCUAUAUUGCGAAUAUCUAUUAAAUCCUCCUAAAUCGACCGAUAAAUUGAUAACUUUUAGAAAUUUCAAAAAUUGCGAUCAUAUCUCACUUUCAAAUGCUCUUACAAAGAUUUUAAAAUGUAGUGAUGAUUUUAUCAAUAACUCCGAUCCUAAUGAGCUUCUUGAGUAUUUCUUAAAAAAUGUUCUAGAUACUCUCGAUGUCUAUGCUCCCAUAGUCACACGUAAAAUCACUAGAAAUUCAAAUACCUGGAUUACGAAUGAAUUAAAAGAAAAAUGUCGCGAACGUGAUGCAAUAUACAAACGAGCAAAGAGGAGCGGUGAUUCGAAUUUGCUAAAGCUUUUCAAACUAAAAAGAAAGGAACUUAAAUCUAAAUUGAAUAUGGCACGUGAAAAUUAUCUAAAAAAUGAGCUUACAAAUUUACCUACGGGACACACAGUCUGGAUUAAAUUAAAACGGUUGGGCUUAAUAAAAUCAAAUCCUUCUUCGCCAUUAAAUUAUUUUGAUUCGUCAGCGUUAAAUGAGUUCUAUGCUAAUAUUGUGAGACGACAUCCUCCAUGUGAUACAUCAUUCCUAGACACAUUACCGUUACUUUAUACUAGUAAAGUUAGAUGCUCAUUUAAUUGGACUCCGAUUGACAUUGUUGAUGUCACUAAAGCUCUACAUCUAACUUUAUCAAAAUCUAAAGGCAAAAAUAAAACGAUUGUAAUGAUCUUAGGCUCUGUAGACUAUUGUUCUGUGGUACUAGUUGAUUCCAAUGUUGAUACUGACUUGAAAUUGCAACGUGCAAUAAACAGCAUAAUUCGUUACAUUUUCAGCUUAAAGCAAGAUGAACAUAUUACUCCCUAUCGACAGAAAUUAAAUUGGUUAUCAAUAAAAAAGAGAAGAGUAUAUUUUUUAGCCACCUUCUUUUACAAACUGCUACAUACGGGUCAACCAAGUUACUUAAGAGAGUUAUUUGUUGAAGACUCGUCUCGCCGUUCUCAGAGACUUGCUGAAAAAAUUAAUAAUGUAAAUUUCGAAAUACCGAACUAUACCUCGUCUUUUUAUGAAAAUUCAUUUGUUGUAUCGGUUAUACGUUUGUGGCAAAAUUUACCCACAAAUCUUAUAAACUCAAGUAGUCUUGAUUGCUUUAAGCCGGCCCGACUUGAUCAUUUAUUGAAAUCAGAUUUUGAU